GGCUGCUGAGCUUAGCUGUGGGCUGAGGUUAACCCUCGUCAGCCUCCAUCCCCAGCGGGAACAUGGGAUUACAAAGCGGCUGCUAACCCGCUCCGGGCUGCAGCGUCCCGGCGGGCGGAGCCGCUUGUGCAAGCAGGGCCAACAAGCCGGAAAUGUCUGACAAGAUGUCAAGCUUCCUUCAUAUUGGAGACAUUUGCUCUCUAUAUGCAGAGGGCUCAACAAAUGGAUUUAUCAGCACCUUGGGCCUUGUGGACGAUAGAUGUGUUGUGCAGCCGGAAGCAGGUGAUCUUAAUAACCCACCCAAAAAAUUCAGAGAUUGCCUGUUUAAGCUAUGCCCUAUGAACCGGUACUCGGCACAGAAGCAGUUCUGGAAAGCAGCAAAACCAGGAGCUAACAGCACUACAGAUGCAGUGUUACUCAAUAAACUACAUCAUGCAGCAGAUUUGGAGAAGAAACAAAAUGAGACUGAAAACAGGAAACUGCUGGGAACGGUUAUCCAGUAUGGCAAUGUUAUCCAGCUGCUGCACUUAAAAAGUAACAAAUACUUGACAGUAAAUAAGAGGCUUCCAGCUCUGCUAGAGAAGAAUGCUAUGAGGGUAACCCUGGAUGAAGCUGGAAAUGAGGGUUCCUGGUUCUAUAUUCAGCCUUUCUACAAACUACGUUCCAUAGGAGACAGUGUUGUCAUUGGAGACAAGGUGGUCCUGAAUCCUGUUAAUGCUGGCCAGCCCCUUCAUGCCAGUAGUCACCAACUGGUUGAUAAUCCUGGGUGCAAUGAGGUCAACUCUGUGAACUGCAACACGAGCUGGAAAAUAGUCCUUUUCAUGAAAUGGAGCGAUAACAAAGAUGAUAUUUUAAAAGGGGGAGAUGUGGUAAGGUUGUUUCAUGCGGAGCAGGAGAAGUUUCUGACUUGCGAUGAGCACAGAAAGAAGCAGCAUGUCUUCCUGAGAACUACGGGGAGACAGUCGGCCACUUCUGCAACUAGUUCAAAAGCACUGUGGGAAGUCGAGGUGGUGCAACAUGACCCUUGUCGAGGUGGUGCAGGAUAUUGGAAUAGCCUUUUCCGGUUCAAACAUCUUGCUACUGGACACUACUUAGCAGCAGAGACAGAUCCUGACCAGGAUGCAUCCAGAAGAGGGUUGAAUAAUGCUCAGGAGAAGAUGGCUUACUCUUUGGUGUCUGUACCUGAAGGAAACGAUAUCUCCUCGAUCUUUGAACUGGACCCCACCACUUUGCGAGGGGGAGAUAGCCUUGUCCCGAGGAACUCCUAUGUCAGGCUUAGACACCUGUGUACUAACACCUGGGUUCAUAGCACCAAUAUCCCAAUUGAUAAAGAAGAAGAGAAACCUGUGAUGCUUAAAAUUGGUACCUCUCCAGUAAAAGAGGACAAAGAAGCUUUUGCUAUAGUACCAGUUUCUCCUGCAGAAGUUCGGGACUUGGACUUUGCCAACGAUGCAAGCAAGGUGUUGGGUUCCAUUGCUGGCAAGUUGGAAAAGGGAACGAUCACCCAGAACGAAAGAAGGUCUGUUACCAAGCUGCUGGAGGAUUUGGUUUACUUUGUUACCGGUGGAACUAAUUCUGGGCAAGAUGUGCUUGAAGUGGUAUUUUCUAAACCAAAUCGUGAGCGGCAAAAGCUGAUGAGAGAGCAAAAUAUCCUAAAGCAGAUUUUCAAGCUGUUACAAGCACCGUUUACAGACUGUGGAGAUGGGCCAAUGCUGAGGCUGGAGGAGCUUGGGGACCAGCGUCAUGCUCCUUUCAGACACAUUUGCCGGCUGUGCUACAGGGUGCUGAGGCACUCGCAGCAAGAUUACAGAAAGAAUCAGGAAUACAUAGCCAAGCAGUUCGGCUUCAUGCAGAAACAAAUUGGUUAUGACGUUUUGGCGGAAGAUACUAUUACAGCGUUGCUUCAUAACAAUCGCAAGCUGCUGGAGAAGCACAUUACGGCUGCUGAGAUUGAUACUUUUGUUAGUCUUGUGAGGAAAAACAGGGAGCCCAGGUUUUUGGAUUAUCUCUCAGAUUUGUGUGUUUCCAUGAACAAGUCUAUUCCAGUGACACAGGAACUGAUUUGUAAAGCUGUGUUGAAUCCAGCCAAUGCAGACAUACUCAUUGAGACAAAGUUGGUUCUUUCUCGGUUUGAGUUUGAAGAGGUAUCAAGUGGAGAAAACACCUUAGAAGUUGGAGAAGAUGAGGAAGAAGUUUGGCUAUUCUGGCGAGACAGCAACAAGGAAAUCCGCAGUAAGAGUGUCAGAGAGUUGGCUCAGGAUGCUAAGGAAGGGCAGAAGGAAGAUCGGGAUAUACUCAGCUAUUACAGGUACCAGCUUAAUCUUUUUGCUAGAAUGUGCCUUGAUCGACAGUAUUUGGCCAUAAAUGAAAUAUCUGGCCAGUUGGAUGUGGAUCUCAUUCUUCGUUGUAUGUCUGACGAAAACCUACCGUAUGAUCUGAGAGCAUCGUUCUGCCGGCUGAUGCUGCAUAUGCACGUUGACCGUGAUCCCCAAGAACAAGUAACGCCAGUGAAGUAUGCUCGUCUGUGGUCUGAGAUACCUUCUGAAAUUGCUAUCGAUGACUAUGACAGCAGUGGAACUUCCAAAGAUGAAAUUAAGGAGAGAUUUGCACAAACCAUGGAAUUUGUGGAGGAGUAUUUAAGAGAUGUGGUGUGUCAGAGGUUCCCUUUCUCUGAUAAAGAGAAAAACAAACUCACUUUUGAGGUUGUGAACUUAGCCAGAAACCUGAUAUAUUUUGGUUUCUACAACUUCUGUGACCUCCUAAGACUAACCAAAAUCCUCCUGGCUAUAUUAGACUGUGUGCAUAUUGCCACUAUCUUCCCCAUUACCAAAAUGGCAAAAGGAGAAGAAAGUAAAGGGAGCAAUGUGAUGAGAUCAAUUCAUGGGGUUGGUGAGCUGAUGACCCAGGUUGUACUCAGAGGUGGUGGAUUCUUGCCCCUUACUCCACUUGCUACUGCUCCUGAGGGUAAUGUCAAACAGAGUGAACCAGAGAAAGAAGAUAUCCUGGUAAUGGACACCAAGCUGAAAAUCAUCGAAAUACUUCAGUUUAUUUUGAAUGUGAGGUUGGAUUACAGAAUCUCGUGCCUACUGUGUAUAUUUAAACGCGAGUUCGAUGAAAGCAAUGCACAGACCUCUGAAUCACCUACUGGAAGCAGUAACCAAGAGGCCCCAACUAACGUACCAGGAGCCCUAGACUUUGAACAUAUUGAAGAACAAGCUGAAGGGAUCUUUGGCGGAAGUGACGAGAACACCCCAUUAGAUUUGGAUGAUCAUGGCGGCAGGACUUUCCUUAGAGUUUUGCUCCACUUAACCAUGCACGAUUACCCUCCACUGGUAUCUGGGGCACUUCAGCUAUUAUUCAGGCAUUUUAGUCAGAGACAAGAAGUUCUUCAAGCAUUUAAACAGGUUCAACUGCUUGUUACCAGCCAAGAUGUUGACAACUACAAGCAGAUAAAACAAGAUUUGGACCAACUGAGGUCUAUUGUGGAAAAAUCAGAACUUUGGGUUUACAAAGGCCAGGGUCCUGAUGAGACACUGGAUGGAGCACCAGGUGAAAAUGAACACAAGAAAAAGGAGGAAGGCCACAGCAAGUCACAAAAACAUGAAAGUACUAGCAGCUAUAAUUACCGGGUGGUGAAGGAGAUUUUGCUUCGGCUUAGUAAGCUCUGUGUUCAGGAAAGUGCUUCGGUCAGGAAAAACCGGAAGCAGCAGCAGAGAUUGCUGCGGAACAUGGGAGCUCACACUGUGGUUCUGGAGCUGCUGCAGAUUCCAUAUGAGAAGGCGGAAGAUACAAGGAUGCAGGAGAUAAUGAAACUUGCACAUGCGUUUUUACAGAAUUUUUGUGCUGGGAACCAACAGAACCAAGCAUUGCUGCACAAGCACAUAAACCUGUUCCUUAACCCAGGGAUCCUGGAGGCAGUAACAAUGCAACAUAUUUUCAUGAACAAUUUCCAGCUUUGCAGUGAGAUUAAUGAGCGUGUCGUUCAGCACUUUGUCCACUGUAUUGAAACUCAUGGCAGAAAUGUCCAGUACAUCAAGUUCCUGCAGACAAUUGUGAAGGCAGAAGGAAAGUUCAUUAAGAAGUGCCAAGAUAUGGUUAUGGCUGAGCUAGUCAAUGCGGGAGAAGAUGUCCUUGUGUUCUACAAUGACAGAGCAUCUUUCCAGACCUUGGUCCAAAUGAUGAGAUCGGAGCGGGACAGGAUGGAUGAAAACAGCCCUCUGAUGUACCAUAUCCAUUUAGUAGAGCUGCUUGCUGUAUGCACAGAGGGCAAAAAUGUCUACACAGAAAUUAAGUGCAACUCCCUCCUCCCAUUAGAUGACAUUGUUAGAGUAGUAACUCAUGAGGAUUGCAUACCCGAGGUUAAAAUUGCCUAUAUCAACUUCCUAAAUCAUUGCUAUGUGGACACAGAAGUGGAAAUGAAAGAGAUUUACACCAGUAAUCACAUGUGGAAACUAUUUGAGAACUUCCUGGUUGACAUCUGUCGGACAUGUAACAACACCAGUGACCGAAAGCACGCUGACUCCAUCCUGGAGAAGUAUGUCACAGAAAUUGUGAUGAGUAUAGUCACCACCUUCUUCAGCUCCCCGUUCUCUGAUCAGAGCACCACUCUGCAGACUCGCCAGCCUGUGUUUGUACAACUGUUGCAAGGCGUGUUCAGGGUAUACCACUGCAACUGGCUAAUGCCAAGCCAAAAAGCGUCGGUGGAGAGCUGCAUUAGGGUGCUCUCUGAUGUAGCGAAAAGUCGAGCAAUUGCAAUACCUGUGGAUUUGGACAGCCAGGUCAACAACCUCUUCCUAAAAUCACACAACAUAGUACAGAAAACUGCAAUGAACUGGAGAAUGACUGCAAGGAAUGCUGCCCGUAGAGACUCAGUGCUUGCUGCUUCCAGAGACUAUCGAAACAUCAUUGAAAGGUUGCAGGAUAUAGUAUCAGCAUUGGAAGAUCGCUUACGCCCCCUAGUGCAGGCUGAAUUGUCAGUGCUGGUAGAUGUUCUUCAUAGGCCAGAGCUGCUCUUCCCAGAGAACACAGAUGCAAGGAGAAAAUGUGAAAGUGGAGGCUUCAUUUGCAAGUUAAUAAAACACACUAAACAGCUGCUGGAGGAGAAUGAGGAGAAACUAUGUAUUAAAGUAUUACAGACACUCAGGGAAAUGAUGACCAAAGAUAGAGGCUAUGGAGAGAAGGGUGAAGCACUCAGGCAAGUUUUGGUCAACCGUUACUAUGGCAACGUCAGACCGGCAGGAAGAAGAGAGAGCCUUACAAGCUUUGGCAAUGGCCCGUUGUCUCCUGGAGGCACUUGCAAAGCUGGGGGAGGAGGAGGAAGCUCCGGAUCCAGUUCAAUGAGUCGAGGUGAAAUGAGUUUGGCCGAUGUCCAGUGUCAUCUGGAUAAAGAAGGUGCAUCCAACCUCGUCAUAGACCUCAUCAUGAAUGCCACCAGUGAUAGAGUUUUUCAUGAAAGUAUUCUGCUAGCCAUUGCCCUUCUGGAAGGUGGCAACACUACUAUACAGCAUUCGUUCUUCUGCCGACUAACAGAAGAUAAGAAAUCUGAAAAGUUCUUUAAGGUUUUCUAUGACCGCAUGAAGGUGGCACAACAAGAAAUCAAGGCUACAGUCACAGUAAACACCAGUGACUUGGGAAAUAAAAAGAAAGAUGAGGACUCAGACAGAGAUGCACCAGUUAGGAAAAGAGUGAAAGAGCCCACAACACAAAUUACAGAGGAAGUCCGGGAUCAGUUGCUAGAGGCCUCUGCUGCUACAAGAAAGGCUUAUAAUACGUACAGGAGGGAAGCUGAUCCUGAUGACCAUUAUUCAGCUGCGGAUGGACCACAAUCUGCACCAGACAAGAACAAAGAUGACUUGGAGAUGAGCGCUGUGAUUACAAUAAUGCAGCCCAUUCUCCGUUUCUUACAGCUGCUCUGUGAAAACCACAACCGGGAUCUACAGAACUUCCUACGCUGUCAAAACAACAAAACUAACUAUAACUUGGUGUGUGAGACACUGCAGUUUCUGGACUGUAUCUGUGGAAGCACGACUGGAGGACUUGGGCUUCUUGGUCUGUAUAUAAAUGAGAAAAAUGUAGCACUGAUCAACCAGACACUGGAAAGUUUGACCGAGUACUGUCAGGGACCGUGCCAUGAAAACCAGAACUGCAUUGCUACUCAUGAAUCCAACGGUAUUGAUAUCAUCACAGCAUUAAUUCUCAAUGACAUCAACCCUUUGGGGAAAAAGAGGAUGGACCUUGUAUUAGAACUGAAGAACAAUGCCUCCAAAUUGCUGUUGGCAAUCAUGGAGAGCAGGCAUGACAGCGAAAACGCGGAGAGAAUACUUUACAAUAUGAGACCAAAAGAACUGGUGGAAGUGAUAAAGAAGGCAUAUAUGCAAGGUGAGGUAGAGUUUGAGGAUGGAGAGAAUGGUGAAGAUCUUGCAGCAUCUCCUAGGAACGUGGGGCACAACAUUUACAUACUAGCUCAUCAGCUGGCUCGUCAUAACAAAGAGCUGCAGAACAUGCUGAAGCCUGGAGGUCAGAUAGAAGGAGACGAAGCUCUGGAGUUCUAUGCCAAGCACACAGCACAGAUUGAGAUUGUUAGAUUGGACCGUACAAUGGAGCAAAUAGUCUUCCCUGUGCCAAGUAUAUGUGAAUUCCUCACCAAGGAAUCUAAACUACGGAUAUACUACACCACAGAAAGAGAUGAACAGGGCAGUAAGAUCAAUGAUUUCUUCUUGAGAUCAGAAGACCUCUUCAAUGAAAUGAACUGGCAAAAGAAAUUGAGAGCUCAACCUGUAUUGUACUGGUGCUCUCGCAACAUGUCGUUCUGGAGCAGUAUUUCGUUUAACCUUGCGGUCCUUAUGAAUCUACUCGUAGCAUUUUUCUAUCCAUUCAAAGGAGUCCGAGGAGGUACACUAGAGCCCCACUUGUCGGGCUUACUCUGGACAGCUAUGCUGAUAUCUUUGGCCAUAGUUAUAGCUCUUCCUAAGCCCCAUGGUAUCCGAGCUUUAAUAGCUUCUACGAUAUUACGACUAAUAUUUUCAGUGGGUUUGCAGCCUACUUUAUUUCUUCUGGGUGCAUUCAAUGUUUGUAAUAAAAUAAUUUUCCUGAUGAGUUUUGUGGGUAACUGUGGAACAUUCACUCGAGGAUACAAGGCAAUGAUCCUGGAUGUGGAAUUCCUUUAUCAUUUGCUAUACCUUCUUAUUUGUGCUAUGGGGCUCUUCGUACAUGAAUUUUUCUAUAGUUUGUUGCUUUUUGACUUGGUGUACAGAGAAGAGACCUUGCUGAAUGUCAUUAAAAGUGUCACUCGCAAUGGACGUUCCAUCAUCCUGACUGCUGUUCUUGCUCUUAUCUUGGUUUACCUGUUCUCGAUAGUGGGGUACCUGUUCUUCAAAGAUGACUUUAUCCUGGAAGUAGAUAAGCUGCCUAAUGAAACAUUAUUGCCAGACCAUACAGAAGCUGGUGAUACCAUGACUGGUGAGUUCCUGUAUUCAGAUGUAUGUAGAGCAGGUAAUGGAGAAAAUUGUUCUUCAGUCAUUCCUUCAGAAGAGCUGAUACCUAAAGAAGAAAUUGAGGAAGAGGAUAAAGAGCAUACAUGCGAGACAUUGCUGAUGUGCAUUGUUACUGUACUGAGUCAUGGGCUCAGGAGUGGGGGUGGAGUAGGAGAUGUGCUCAGGAAACCAUCCAAAGAGGAACCACUCUUUGCUGCUAGAGUGAUAUACGAUCUCCUGUUCUUCUUCAUGGUGAUCAUUAUUGUCCUUAAUCUGAUUUUUGGUGUUAUCAUUGACACUUUUGCUGAUUUAAGGAGUGAAAAGCAGAAGAAAGAAGAAAUUUUAAAAACAACUUGCUUUAUUUGUGGUUUGGAAAGAGACAAGUUUGAUAACAAGACAGUCACGUUUGAAGAGCAUAUUAAAGAAGAGCACAAUAUGUGGCACUACUUGUGCUUUAUCGUGUUAGUAAAAGUAAAAGAUUCAACAGAGUAUACUGGACCAGAAAGUUACGUGGCAGAAAUGAUCAAGGAAAGAAACCUUGAUUGGUUCCCUAGGAUGCGCGCCAUGUCUCUUGUAAGCAGCGAUUCUGAAGGAGAACAGAAUGAACUCAGGAACUUGCAGGAAAAGCUAGAAUCUACCAUGAAGCUGGUCACCAACCUCUCUGGCCAGCUGUCAGAGCUUAAAGAUCAGAUGACAGAACAGAGGAAGCAGAAACAGCGUAUUGGUCUCCUAGGACAUCCUCCUCCCGUGAAUGUGAACCCACAGCAACCAGCAUAAAUCAAAAGGGUCGCAUAUCCCUCUCAAAACAACAUGAAUAAUGCUAAACAAGAGUUCAGAUUCAACCACUAAGGCUGCUUCUAUGUAUGAUUAGUUCAUUUUGUAAAUACCCUGUUUUUAUAUGUAUGUAUAUGACUGCUACUAUAAAAAUCUGGGCAUAUGUAUUGUAAUUAGAUCUUGUUGGCAUGUGAUGGGGGGUAAUACUUGUGCCAAAAGUAUGAAAUUGCCUUUUAUUGGAAGGACCAUAGAGACCCCUUGAAUUGCACUUGAAAAGGAUUGACUAAAAAGUAUGUGACUUGUAUUUUGUAUUUAAAAAUGAGAAUAGCUAGUAUUUAUGUUUUUAUACAAUUGUGCAAUAUUAAAUAUGCAAUCACAAUAUACUGGUAACUCCUGAACAUCCUAAAGGGAGUGCACAUCUUUGAAUCUGGUGUGUUAGUACAAUGUAAUAAAUAGUUUAAAAUUA